GCGCCCUACCGCUUUGCUCCGCUUUCGUGCGGCUCCGACUUCUAUCACCAGGUAAGGACAUCCUGCAAGCCGAAUUACAGUUAGCUGGCGAAAAACAAAAUCCAGGGGGUCCCAAGAGCCUUAGAGUACGUAAAGGGGGAAAGGGUGAUCGGCAUGAGCUCAAACGUCCCCCAUGACCGACACACAGAGUACACAAAGCAGCGGUUUCCACUGGCGGGGCUCCGAGGAGGAGGAUGACGGGAGAAGAUAAGGAACUACAAGCCCCAGCAUGCAGUGCUGCGUGGCUCCUGCGGAGGCCGGCGGGCCGCGCUGCCCGGUCUCGCUCUGGAACCCGGGCCGACCACUACUGGCUGACUGCCGACUGGAAUGCUCAGCAAGAGGAAGACGGACUCAGCGCUGAGAACGAGUCUUUCGGCCUUGUACCCCUGACGCUUGCAGACUCUAAGCCCUUGGUAUGCUGGGCAGUCGGCGCUUUGAGGGCCAAUUGAUAGGCCCUAGCUGGUACCGGAGCUUCACAACCCUGGCGCUGCCUAUGUUGCCAAGGGAACUCCAAGCCGGACGUGACGCCGCCGUGCAGGAAGAAGGGAGAGGCGGGGCGUGACGCGGUGACGUCCUCCCAAGAUGGCGGAGAGAGAGUGAAGAAACUGUUUUCUCUGGGUAGCUAUCGAUCAAGGGUAAAUUUGCAUCCUCAUAUCAAAAUGCAGUAUUCACACCACUGUGAGCACCUUUUAGAAAGACUGAACAAACAACGAGAAGCAGGUUUUCUUUGUGACUGCACCAUAGUGAUUGGAGAAUUCCAGUUUAAAGCCCAUAGGAAUGUGCUCGCCUCGUUUAGUGAGUAUUUUGGUGCGAUCUACAGAAGCACUUCUGAAAACAAUGUUUUUCUUGAUCAGAGUCAGGUGAAGGCUGAUGGAUUUCAGAAAUUGUUGGAAUUUAUAUACACAGGAACUUUAAAUCUUGACAGUUGGAAUGUUAAAGAAAUUCAUCAAGCUGCUGACUUUCUCAAAGUGGAAGAGGUGGUAACUAAAUGUAAAAUAAAGAUGGAAGAUUUUGCUUUUAUUGCUAAUCCCUCUUCUACAGAGAUAUCUAGUAUUACUGGAAACAUUGAAUUGAAUCAACAGACUUGUCUUCUUACUCUGCGAGAUUAUAACAACCAGGAAAAAUCAGAAGAAUCUACAGAUUUAGUUCAGGCAAAUCCUAAACAAGGAGCUUUAACAAAGAAGUCAUCUCAAAGUAAAAAGAAGAAAAAAGCUUUCAACUCCCAGAAAACAGGGCAGAAUAAAACAGUGCAGUUUCCCAGUGACAUUUUAGAGAAUGCAUCCAUUGAAUUGUUCCUAGAUGCAAAUAAAUUGACCACACCUGUAGUUGAACAAGUUGCACAAAGAAAUGAUAAUUCAGAACUUGAGUUGACAUCAGUUGUGGAGAAUACUUUUCCAGCACAAGAUAUUGCGCAAACUGUUAGAGUGAAACGGAAGCGUGGAAAAUCCCAACCAAACUGUGCCCUGAAAGAACACUCUAUGUCUAAUAUAGCCAGUGUCAGGAGUCCUUAUGAGCUGGAGAACUCUGGGGAAGAGUUGGAUCAGAGGUAUUCCAAGGCCAAGCCCAUGUGUAACACCUGUGGGAAAGUAUUUUCAGAAGCCAGUAGUUUGAGAAGGCACAUGAGAAUACAUAAAGGAGUUAAACCUUAUGUGUGCCACUUGUGUGGGAAAGCAUUUACCCAGUGUAAUCAGCUGAAAACACAUGUAAGAACUCAUACAGGUGAGAGGCCAUACAAAUGUGAAUUAUGUGAUAAAGGAUUUGCUCAGAAAUGUCAGCUUGUCUUCCAUAGUCGCAUGCAUCAUGGUGAGGAAAAACCCUAUAAAUGUGAUGUGUGCAAUUUACAGUUUGCAACUUCUAGCAAUCUCAAGAUUCAUGCAAGGAAGCAUAGUGGAGAGAAGCCAUAUGUUUGUGAUAGAUGUGGACAGAGGUUUGCCCAAGCCAGCACACUGACCUAUCAUGUCCGUAGACAUACAGGAGAAAAGCCUUAUGUAUGUGAUACCUGCGGAAAGGCAUUUGCUGUUUCUAGUUCCCUUAUCACUCAUUCUCGAAAGCAUACAGGUGAAAAACCAUACAUAUGUGGUAUUUGUGGGAAAAGUUUUAUUUCCUCAGGAGAGCUCAACAAACACUUUCGAUCCCAUACAGGAGAAAGACCAUUUAUCUGCGAAUUAUGUGGAAAUUCUUACACAGAUAUUAAAAAUUUAAAGAAGCACAAAACAAAAGUCCAUUCUGGUGCAGAUAAAACUCUAGAGUCUAGUGCAGAGAAUCAUGCUUCGAGUGAACAAGAUUCUAUCCGAAAAAGUCCUUUGUCAGAUACUAUGGAUGUGAAGCCUUCUGAUAUGACUCUACCCCUAGCUCUUCCACUUGGGACUGAGGACCACCACAUGCUUCUUCCUGUCACAGAUAACCAGUCUCCUGCUUCAGAUACAUUGUUGAGGUCAACUGUGAAUGGGUAUUCAGAACCACAGUUGAUUUUUUUACAGCAGUUGUACUGACAUGGUGAGAAACACGGAAUUGCUUAGACAUCUCGGGUAGUGAUACUCAUAUUACAUUUCUGUUUGUUUCGGUUGUGACCAUUACUUUGAUUCACUGAAGUAAAGCGCCAGAUACUGCAUCAUUACUGCAGUGUUUGUUUUUGAUUUUUGGCUUUUAUGUCUAGAACAUACACAUAGCUUUUUAAGAAUGAAUUCUACUACGGCAGCAGUAUUUUGGGUGGAUAAUUUUUAUUCUCUUAUUUAUUUAUUUUCUUUUUUAGGUUAUUUUGAAAGAGUCUCACUCUGUAAUUCAGACUGGCCUUGAACUGACUAUGUAGGCCAGGCUGGCCUUGAACUCUUGGUGAUCCUCCUGCCUCAGCUCCACGUGCUGGGAUUACAGGCAUGUGCCACCAUAUCUGGCACUUUUAUUCUCUUUUAAAACUGCCUUAAUUUCUUUUUCUUUUUUUUUUUUGCCAUUUUAGAGUUGCCCAUCAUUUUCUGAAAUAUAAACUGUCAGUUUGUAUCUUUUUUCACUUAUAGUAUUUUUUUUUCUUCUCUAAAUUUAAGCAACAUCCAUUAUAAUACCAGCCAAGUGUUACUACUUGUGAAUUCCAUAGACCAAUACAUAAAAGUAUGGUGAAAAGAUGAAAUUUCAUAUUUCUGCCUAUGAAAAUUUAGGCAUGAAAAAGAAUCGUACUAUUACUUUACUGUGUUCCAUUAGAAGUAACUUUUCUAAUGAAACUAAAAGCAAAUGUUUUUCUUAAAAACUAGAGAACUGUGUAUACAUUUUUGUUCAUGUAGAACUCAGCAUUCUGGAGAAAACUGGUCAGUGAAGUCAGUAUUUUUGAUUUGAGUUGAGACUGUAUUUUCAAAAUAAACUUUAGAUAGAUAUUUGAUGUUUUUAUCUAGUCAAAAGAGUUUCAAAUUUUGAUUCAGUUUAUAUUAGGUUUGUAGAUUAUUGGAAUGGGGAGUAUAUACCAAGUUUUGAAAAUUUUUGAUAAGCCUCUCAUGCCUAUUAUGCACUUUUAAAAAAUAUUAAAUUAUAAAAACUUUUCUAUAUAUAAAUUCAGUACAUACUAGAAAUCACUUGGCUUCUAAAUUUGAUACAGUAUAUGAAUAGUGAAGAAACUUGCCUCGCAUGUUUGAAGCCCUGGGUUUGAUCCCCGGCACCACAAAAAAACAAAAAAUACUAACUUCAAUUAUAAGUUAACAUUCUGAGUUAACAGAAAACUAGUUUAUUACACAUUUUAUAUUUGAGUUUUCUAUAAACUUCGGGUUUUUAAAUUUUAUAAAUUAAGCCAUGGCUUUUGGUUACUGUAGUUUUACAGUGGUCCUUUUCCUUCCAGGUAAAGGAAAUUUAGCAUUAUUCUGAUAUUUGCUGCCACUUUUCCCCAUCCCAACUUUCAGCAUAUUAAUUUAUUUCACUGCCUGAUCUUUGGUCUUUAAAUUACCAGAUUCACAUAAUCCUUUCCUGUAAUGCUAAUUAAACAUCAUGGUGACACUUCUUAUCUCUGUCAUGCAUUGUUGUGCUUAUUUGUUUUCAGCUUUUAAGCUAUACCUUUAAUAAAGUUAAUGUGUUUAUUGACACUGA